UCAAGACAUCUUUUAUUUUCUUGGGAAAGAGAGAUGGAUUCUAAAAGAACUUCAAAUGCUGCCAUCUUUCUUGUCCUCAACCUUGUGUUUUUCGCGUUUGUUAACGUAUGCCAUGCCUGCAACGAUCCAAAGCCGAAGCCGAGUCCAAAGCCUUACCCUAACCCUAACCCUAACCCUACUCCUGUAGUCAAGAGCUGCCCUAGAGAUGCCCUAAAGCUCGGCGUGUGCACGAAGCUAUUGAACGGACCGGUCAGUGCACUUGUCGGGUCCUUGCCGAACACCCAAUGCUGCUCAUUGCUCGACGGGCUUAUCGAUCUUGAAGCGGCAGUGUGUCUUUGCACAGCCAUCAAAGCCAAUGUUCUUGGUAUCAACAUUAACAUCCCCAUUUCUUUGAGCUUGCUUGUCAAUGUCUGUGGAAAGAAGGUUCCCUCUGAAUUCCAGUGUGCCUAA